AUGGGUGCUACUGGAGGAGAUGAUCAGGCUACCGGAAUGUUCUCUGUGACGGUGACCAAGAAAGAGGUGGUGGCAGCAGUGCUACCAAUGCAAGAACAUUGGCUGCCAUUUUCCAACCUUGACUUGCUUCUUCCUCCAGUUGAUGUGGGAGUCUUCUUUUGUUACAAGAGACCAACGUCGUCGACCUUCAUCAGCUCAUCAUCACCUCCAGCUGCUAAUAAUAAUAAUAAUAAUAAUUUUGCGUCCAUGGUAGGUGUUUUGAAAAAGGCGAUGGCCCAAGUUCUGGUGUCUUACUACGCCUUUGCCGGAAAGGUUGUGGCUAACUCCGUCGAUAUUGAGCUCAAGAACCUCAACUUGUACAACCCUGACGAUAGCAUUGAAGGGAAGCUCGUCCCUAGAAAGAAGGAUGGUGUCCUUGCUGUCCAGGCAACGCAACUAAAAUGUGGAGGAUUAGUAGUGGGGUGCACGUUCGAUCAUCGCAUUGCAGAUGCCUACUCAACCAACAUGUUUUUGGUGUCGUGGGCAGAGACAGCUCAAUCUAAAACAAUAUCCCUUCUGCCAUCAUUCAGAAGAUCCUUGCUCAACCCAAGACGUCCUGGUUGCGUGGACCCUUCUUUGGACAACAUGUACGUGCCAAUCUCCACAUUGUCAGCUCCCAAAGAGCCUGCAGCUGAUGAUGAUCAUCUCGUAAGUCGCAUAUAUAUCAUGAAAGCAGAUGAGCUAACUCAACUUCAAUCUCUUGCUACCUUCAACGGGUACUCCAAGAGAACGAAAAUGGAGUCACUUAGUGCGUUCUUGUGGCAAUUGGUUGCCAAAUAUUGUGCUAUAAAAGAUGAUGACAAUUGCAGCAGCAGCAGUAGCAACAAGGCCAGCACGAAGAUAUCAAAAAUGGGCAUCGUUGUGGAUGGAAGGACAAGGCUAAGUAGUGAUCCUGAAAAAGGUGAUAUAAUGGAAGCAUACUUUGGAAAUGUGCUAUCCAUUCCCUAUGGUGGCAAGACAAUUCGUGAGCUAAUUGAAAAUCCGUUGAGUUGGGUCGCAAAUGAGGUCCAUCAUUUCUUGGAAAAUGCAGUGAGCAAGGAGCAUUUCUUAGGGCUGAUAGAUUGGGUGGAAGCUCGUAGGCCGGAGCCAUCUGUGGCCAAGAUAUACAGUAGCGGUGGGGACAACGAGGGACCGGCUUUCGUGGUCUCGUCCGGGCAAAGAUUCCCAGUCUCGAAGGUGGAUUUCGGAUGGGGUGUGCCUCUUUUCGGUUCCUAUCAUUUUCCAUGGGGUGGCAAUGCCGGAUAUGUGAUGCCAAUGCCAAGUCCAGCCGGUAAUGGUGAUUGGAUAGUGUACAUGCACCUGAUGAGAGGGCAGUUGGAAUUCAUUGAGGCUGAGGCUUCCCAUUUCUUUAGGCCCUUGACUUAUCACUAUCUUCUUCACCUAACUGCAUCAAACUAG